GAGCCGCCCGGGGUGGCAGCCCCUUGUCGUGUCAUAAAGUGGGCGUGAAGUGAGUGUGAGCUCCGCAGUCCCGGUAUAAAGCACCCCCCCUCCUCCCCUUCUGCCAUCCAUGUGCCAAAACAAACCGCCUUUCCUAUUUAUUGGGCGGCCAGCGCCGGGAGCGGACACACUCAGCAACACGGGACAGGCGGCGGAGCGCUGCACCGAGCAUCCCGGGAGAGGAGAGCCGGUGACAGAGCCGUGGAGUGCCGGGACAAGUGACUGGACGGGACGCACACCUGUGAUCGCACAGACGGAGGGUCCCCCCCGGUGCCGGCGGAUGGAGCUCCCGUGAUCCGCAGCCCCAGGGAGCCCGGACGCCCCAUGCAGCUGCCCUCGAUCGUGCUGCUGCUCUGCGGCGCUUUGCUGCUCCUCAGCCCGGCGGUGCGAGGCUGCGGGCCGGGCAGGGUGGUGGGCAGGAGGCGAAAACUGACCAAGCUCACCCCGCUCUCCUUAAAGCAGUUCAGCCCCAAUGUGCCCGAGAAGACCCUGGGUGCCAGCGGGAGGUACGAGGGCAAGAUCGCCCGCAACUCGGAGCGCUUCAAGGAACUCACCCCAAACUACAACUCGGACAUUAUCUUCAAGGACGAGGAGAACACCGGGGCGGACCGGCUCAUGACACAGCGCUGCAAAGACCGCCUGAACUCCUUGGCCAUUUCUGUCAUGAACCAGUGGCCGGGCAUCAAGCUGCGGGUGACCGAGGGCUGGGAUGAAGACGGUCAUCAUUCCGACGAAUCUUUACAUUAUGAAGGGCGAGCGGUGGACAUCACCACCUCCGACAGGGACCGGAAUAAGUACGGCAUGUUGGCCAGGCUGGCGGUGGAAGCCGGCUUCGAUUGGGUCUACUAUGAAUCCAAAGCUCACAUCCACUGCUCUGUGAAGUCAGAGCAUUCUGCUGCAGCAAAGACUGGAGGCUGCUUCCCAGGAACAGCGAUGGUCACGUUAGAGUCGGGUGAGAAGAUUCAAGUCUCGGCACUACGCCCUGGCAUGCGGGUCCUGGCCAUGGACAGUUACGGGCGUCCUACCUACAGUGACUUUGUGACCUUUUUAGACCGAGAUCCUAGAGCGGAGAAUUUGUUCCGGGUGAUCAAAACUACGGAGCCUCCUCGAACACUUUCCUUAACCUCGACUCAUCUCGUCUUUGUGGCGGACAAUUUUUCCACACCGACCGCUGACUACAAAGCGGUGUUUGCCAGUCAUGUAAAACCUGGCCAGUUUAUUUUAGUAUCUGGAGCCUCUGGUCGCCUUGUGCCAGCUAGAGUAACCUCAUUGAGUAUGCGGAGAGAAAAUGGCAUUUAUGCCCCACUCACUCAACAUGGGACAAUAUUGGUGGAUGACGUGAUGGUUUCCUGUUUUGCCCUGGUACAAAAACAGAAACUGGCACAGUUAGCUUUUUGGCCUUUACGGGUACUGUACAACAUAGGGGUGAUAGCAGGCAGUGAGGCAUCCCAGCAAGUUGGCAUUCACUGGUAUAGCCAAUUUCUUUACCAGUUGGGUCAAAUGAUCCUGAAUGAGAAUGAGUUUUAUCCAAUGAAUCUUCUACAGCUGGAAAGCUGAGGAACACAGAAGACCAAUAUUUGAAGGAAUAAAUAAUGGUGGAUUCAUGAUCUGGCUUUGUGUAGAAUGUUGACCAACAAAGGGAAUAUACAUUUUUUUUUAUAAAGCAAGGCUACUCCAUUGAUCGCCACAUUGAUUCCACAAAUUCUCUACUUCAUAAGCAUUCUUGGGCCAGUACGUCGGUGUGUAUUUUUCUUACCGGCUUGGCCUAGUUGACCAACCUUAUGGAGGACCUCAAAGGUGGCCAGGCAACUCUGCACUUAAACCAGCUUGUGGUGUGCAUCUUGAGUUGUAGAAAGAACGCAAUCGACCCAACGGUACCAUAACAGCUUCUGCACAAAACACCGUCCAACCGAACCAGAACUUUAAGAGAACAGGCCUUCGGGUUAAGCCAUAGACAUUAGGACAUCUGUUUGGCCUUCCGUUAUUCAAUGCUCAAACAGCUUUUUAGUAGAACGCAGUAGCCAGAUCAUAGAGCAGUUAAUAGCUACCAGACAUAUGUGGUCUACUUGUAGAACCUUGAAUGAACUGAAAGGUCUGGUUAGCUUGUGUUUAAAUUUCCAAGGUACUAACCAAAGGAGGAACUGUAAUCCAAAUGUUUACCCACAGCAGGAUCUUCCAGCGGAAAGAUGAAACCAAGACCUUACACCUAAACUAAGACUUUUGAUAUCUACAUAAAGUCCAAUUCUAUAAGACAAGUGUGUUUAUGAACUAAUGAGAAGAGGUGAAGGCCAAAGAAAGUCAUUUUUAUACCCCAAAUAAAUGGCAUAUCUGGUAUAUACAGUAUAUAUUUACAAUGGGUAUUGAAAAGAAUCACCCCCCUUAAAAUAAUCAAUUUUGCUUUGCAUCCUGAAAUGAAGACAGAUACAGUUUUUGUUUUGUCCAGCGGUAUUUAUUCAGUGCAACUUAUAACAUCCAAGUGAAAGAUAUGGAGAAGAAGGGAUCACCGCUCCAGGUGGAUCAACUAUGUAAUAAUAGACUAACUCAGGAUACCGUGGGUGCUGGCAGUGCACUAAACAUGCAUAGGAUAUGAAGAGAAGAAUGGAUAGCCGCACUCCGAUGACCAUUAAGGUUGUCAAGGCUAGCCAUGAAUAAGCACUAGUCCAGUGCGAAACGCGUCGGCUGUUCCCCUGUUCCAUUGCUGUAACCCUGUGAUGUGAUGUACCUGCUGUUCGUUUGAAUAAAAGACAACCUUAAUGGUCAUCGGAGUGCGGCUAUCCAUUCUUCUCUUCAUAUCCUAUG